CCGCCGCCGCCCGCGCUGGACCUCUUCGACCUGGACGAGCAGUUCGCCUCCGAAAAGGUGCGGCUCGCCCACCUCACCAACAAGUGCAACGACGGCGACCUCGACUACUACAUUCGCGAGGCGGGGGAGCUACUGGGGGUGGUGCCGCAGCUGCGGCCCGAGCAGCGCGAUGCACGCCACGUCCUCUCGCAUAUCUUCAAGCAAAUCGUUGCCUGGAAGAAGCUUGACAGCGAGGACAUGGGCCGCUUCAAGAAGCUCAACCGGAUCACAUGA